AUGUUCGCCCGAGUAGCUCGCGCCGCCACGUUUACCGCUGCCCGCCGCUCGCCGCCCGUCGCGCUGUGUGCGUUGCAGACUCGUGAAAAGUCCUCGCUCGUCUCUGUGCUCAAUCGCGAGCUGCAGGAAGAAAAAGCUAAUUGCUUUGAAGAGCCAGAGCUUGAGAAGCUUCGUGUCAAGGUGGAAAAGGUCUUUAAGCUACAGGAAUCUUCAGGAUGUAUGGACAUUUUCCUGCAGGGCUCGGUGGGCGACGACGCGAUCAAGAUCAAGUUUAACGCUCAGGAUACUGUUGAGCUUGACGACGAGGAUGAGGGUUAUGAUGAAGAGGACGAGGACGACGAGGUACAGGUACAGGAUCAGGAGGAGGAAGAUGACGACGACGAAGAGGAGGACGAGCUGCCGGGUGUCCGCUUUACGGCUGACGUGACCCGCGACAACAAGGGACUGCAGUUUGACUGCGUGGCUGGCAGCAACCUCACGGUGGAACGCGUGCGCUACUUGAGUGAUUUUGCCAAGGACGCUGAGGACGAGACGCUGUACUUUGGCCCAGACUUUAUCGAUCUGGAGCUUGAUGUGCAAGACAAGUUCUAUGGCUACCUGGCUGAGCGCAAGAUUGACGAUGAGUUGGCGCAGUUUAUCUCGCAGUUUGCUGAUCUCAAGGAGCAGCGUGAGUACCUGAGUUUCCUCGAAGACGCUGCAAGCUUUGUCAAAGACUGA